AAAAAAUCUCUUUAUCAUAGUCAAAAAGUUUUCAUUGAAUUUAAUUAAAAACAUAGUUAAAAUGAGUAAUUUAGCACAUACAGCGGAAGAAGCCGUAGAAGAGAAUCAAAUGAAAUGGGGAAUGCAAUUGUCGGAUAUCUAUCGAUUGUCAUUAAAGUUUUAUAAAGAUAAGAGUGGCAAGGCAGUCCAUCUAAGCUAUGAGGAUAACUUAAAACUAGUGGCAUUAACAAUGCAGGCCAGUCACGGACCAAUAAAUCUACAGAAAUUAGAACCUUUGGGCGUAUUUGACGUUAUUGGAAGAGAUAGACGAAAUCAAUGGACAUUACUUGGUGAUAUGACUAAAUUACAGGCAAUGGAAGGUUUCAUUGACUUACUGGAUCGCUUAUGUCCAUCAUGUAGACCUUAUAUCGAGGCAAUUAAGCAAGAUCGUGAGGAGAAAAAGCGAAUGGAGGAUGUAGAGAAUGCAAAAAAGAAGGUCCAAAUGGAAGCACAACAGAAACAUGACGAAGAACAAAAAUUGCUCGAGACUGAAAUUCAUCGGGAAGAGAUCCAAAGACGAAAAUUACAGGAUGCUCUGAAUGAGCAAACAUUUUAUCAGUUUAAAGAAUAUGCCGAAAAACAAUUUCCUGGAAAUCCCGACCAACAAGCUGUUCUGAUAAAGCAGCUCCAGACUGAACAUUAUCAUCAGUAUUUGCAACAAUUACAGUCACAAUUACAGCAUGUUGAUUUAGACUUGGAUUCAACGUUAGAGGAAUCGAAACUUAAUGAGUCAUGCAGUAAAGAACAGGAAACGAGUCUAGUUGAAGAGAAAGAUCGCUGUGAGUCAGACAAUGAGUCUGAUGAUUUUGCAGUGGUGCAGCCAGCAAAUAUGUGGACUCGAAGUGAUAUGAAAGAAUUUAAAUUAGAUGUGUCAAAAGAGAAAGGCGACGGUGUGAUUCGUAUUGGACAUGGAGAUACAGUAACAGUUAAAGUACCUACUUUAGAAGGAGGUUCAAGUCUUUUCUGGGAAUUUGCUACAGAUAAUUAUGAUAUUGGGUUCGGUGUCUAUUUUGAAUGGAAACGACCAACAACAACGGAAGUUACUGUGCAUGUAAGCGAAUCUGAUGAUGAAUUAGACGAAAAUGAAUUAGGUGAAAAUGAUGAGGACGAGGAGAUAACGUGCGGUGAUGAUUUAGAAUGCGGAACUCAAAGCUCGCAAAUUCCACUUAAAGCUUCAUCAAUCCUUGAUCGCCCACCACUUUCGAUUAUAGUUCCAGUAUAUAGACGCGAAUGUCACAAUGAAGUUUAUUGUGGAUCACACAAUUAUCCAGGAGAAGGAACGUAUCUACUUAAAUUUGACAAUUCAUUCAGUCUGUGGCGUAGUAAAACUUUGUAUUAUCGAAUAUUUUAUACACGAUAAAAUCAUGACGGAUCAUUAAUUAAUUACAAU